AUGAAGAAGACGAUCGCGCUCGCGCGCGCGCAGUUUACGAGGGAUGAAGCGCUCGUCGAGAAGAUUCGCGGGCGCGGGCGCGAGCGCGCGCGCGACGCCGCCGCCGACGACGACGACGACGACGACGAGGGAGAGACGGUGACGUGGACGAAAGCCGAGGUGGUUCGACUGAACGCGUACUCGAAGUACUUCCUCGCGUGGUAUCUGGGAACGAUCGCGGGGAUCAUGGGGUUCUUUGGAUUUGGUUGGACCGUGUGGGGCGCGUUCUUCAUCAACGUCGGGACGUACUUUUUUGAGACGAUGUACUUGCGGAUCGAUCUGGAUGAGAUCGGAGAGGGAAUGGAGUUCUUCUUGGACUCUCUCGCGUCGAGUUACGGGGUGUUUGUGCUGACUUGGGUGGUGGUCGCGGAGACGCUCGGGCGCUCGCGCGCGCAGAUGCCCACUCACACGAUUCCGCGCUUUGGCGGGUGA